AUGGAAAUGGAGGAAGGUGGCAAUGUCAUGCAUCAUUGCAACAACGUUUUCAUUAUCCGCGCCAGGCUCAGCAGCAUCGACGCUAAGAUGGAGGACAAAGACGUGGCGAUCUGCUUUUUGUGCAGUUUUCCAAAGAGCUAUGAGAACGUCGUGCUGAACUUGGAGAUGAGCAGCGCGGAACUGCGGACGCAAGACGUCGUGAAAGUGCUUACGAAUGAGCACAUCAAGAGACAACAAAACAAGACGACAUCGGCACACGGUGGAAAAGUGCUGGACCAAACAGAGGAAGACGACCGAGGAGAUCGACGCAGCGGCAACAAGGGACGUGCCAUUGGGAUCAUGGACGCGGAGCAAAUCAAGUCCAAUGGCACGGCUACAACGGCAAAGGCAACAACUCCGACCAUGAUCGAGUGGCCGGCAACGCACCACAUGUACUAUGACAAGUCCAAGUUUGAAGUUCUGGACGAGCGCAAUGAAGGUGAAGUGCUCGUUCCAGACGGAAACAAGGCUGCGAUCAAUAGAUUUGGGACUAUCGUUGAAAAGGUGGUCCUACCAGACGCUGAAGAGCCCGAAGUUGAAAUCAGGAUGCACUAA